UCAUCACUGCGAGACGGAUUCAGGAUUAAGUGGGUUUUACCUGACAUUGCAGUCCCAGCGGUUUGGCUUCUCAGGGUUACCUGAGGGUUAUGGGGGUCUUCGAGUAGUUCCCGAGCCCGUGGGCAGCAGCGGCCCGACAAGAGCCCUUCGCCCCUGGGAGCCGACUGCCGGCUCUGUGUCUGUUGGUAAGAUGAGCACCCACCCUUUUGACCCUGAGCGUCGCGUCCGGAGCACGUUGAAGAAGGUCUUUGGGUUUGACUCUUUUAAGACGCCUUUACAGGAGAGUGCGAUCAUGGCUGUAGUGAAAGGUGACAAGGAUGUCUUCGUGUGCAUGCCCACAGGGGCAGGAAAAUCCCUCUGCUAUCAACUCCCUGCUCUGCUGGCUAAAGGCAUCACCAUCGUAAUCUCUCCUCUUAUUGCUUUGAUUCAGGACCAGGUGGACCACUUGCUGGCCCUGAAGAUUCACGUGUGUUCCCUGAAUUCGAAGCUCUCGGCACAGGAGAGAAAGGAGCUGCUUUCUGACCUGGAGCAAGAAAAGCCCCGGACCAAGCUUCUGUAUAUCACACCGGAGAUGGCGGCCUCGGCCUCCUUCCAGCCCACCCUCAAGUCCCUGCUGGCCCGGCACCUGCUCUCCUACCUGGUGGUGGAUGAAGCUCACUGCGUUUCCCAGUGGGGGCACGACUUCCGUCCUGACUACUUGCGUCUGGGAGCCCUGCGCUCCCGCCUGGCGCAUGCCCCGUGUGUGGCCCUGACCGCCACGGCCACCUUGCAGGUCCAAGAGGAUGUGUUUGCCGCCCUGCACCUGAAGCAGCCGGUUGCUACCUUCAAGACGCCCUGCUUCCGGGCCAACCUCUUCUAUGAUGUGCAGUUCAAGGAGCUGCUGUCUGAUCCCUACGGGAACCUGAGGGACUUCUGCCUUAAGGCUCUGGGACAGAAGGCCGAUAAAGGGUUGUCCGGCUGCGGCAUCGUCUACUGCAGGACCAGGGAGGCCUGUGAGCAGCUGGCGAUAGAGCUCAGUACCAGGGGUGUGAACGCCAAGGCAUACCACGCAGGGCUGAAGGCUGCUGAAAGAACGCUGGUGCAGAACGAGUGGAUGGAGGGCAAGGUCCCUGUAAUUGUUGCGACCAUUAGUUUUGGGAUGGGAGUGGACAAGGCCAAUGUCAGGUUUGUCGCCCACUGGAAUGUUGCCAAGUCCAUGGCCGGGUACUACCAGGAGUCUGGCCGGGCGGGCAGAGACGGAAGGCCUUCCUGGUGCCGCCUCUAUUACUCCAGGAAUGACCGUGACCAAGUCAGCUUCCUCAUCAGGAAGGAGGUAGCGAAGCUGCAGGAAAAGAGAGGGAACAAAGCAUCGGACAAAGCUGCUCUCUCGGCCUUUGACGCGCUGGUGGCCUUCUGCGAAGAGUCGGGGUGUCGCCAUGCUGCCAUUGCCAAGUACUUUGGGGAUGCGCCCCCCGCCUGCACCAAAGGCUGUGACCACUGCCUGAACCCAGCGGCUGUGAGGAAGCAGCUGGACGCUUUGGAGCAGAGAACCAGCUGGAGCAAGACCUGCAUUGGGCCCUCCCAGGGGAAUGGCUUUGACCCUGAGCUGUAUGAGGGAGGCCGCAGGGGUUAUGGGGGCUUUAGCAGGUACGAUGAAGGUUCUGGAGGCAGCGGGGAUGAGGGCAGAGACGAGGCCCACAAGCGGGAGUGGAAUCUCUUCUACCAGAAGCAGAUGAGCCUGCGCAAGGGCAAAGACCCCAAGAUAGAAGAAUUCGUGCCCCCGGAUGAGAGCUGUCCCCUGAAGGAGGCUUCCAGCCGGAAGCUCCCCAGGCUCACCGUGAAGGCCCGUGAGCACUGCCUGGGGCUCUUGGAGGAGGCGCUGAGCAGUAACCGCCAGGCCUCAGCUUCCACUGAUGGACCUGACCUCCAGGCCAAGGCCGUGGAGCUGGAACAUGAGCUAUUCCGAAAUGCCAAGGUGGCCAACCUGUACAAGGCCAGCGUGCUGAGGAAGGUGGCUGAGAUCCACAGAGCCUCCAAAGAAGGGCAGUGCUACGACGUGGGAGGUGGUGCCACCAGCUGCAGCGCCCAGGCCGAGCCCCCAGCACCCACGGAGUACGACAUCCGGCCGGCCUCCCAGGUAUACUCGUUCAAGCCCAAGCGAGUGGGCGCUGGCUUCCCCAAAGGCUCUUGCCCGUUGCGGACGGCCACUGAGCUGAUGGCGAAGACACAGGCCAGUGAGCAAGGCGCCCAGCCGGAGCCGGGAGGCGAGCCGGAGCCGCCCAGCUGGCCCCGUGGCCUCCGGGACGAGGACCGCACGGAGCUCCUCCCCGGGCCCGGAGGAGAGGUCGCCGGGAGUGGUGCUCACGGUGGCGGGCCUUCCCCCGAGAAGGCGGCCAGGAGCCCCGCUGCCAAGGCCCGGGUCAGCAAGAAGCAGCAGCUCCUGGCCGCAGCGGCGCUCAAGGACUCUCAGAACAUCUCCCGCUUCUUCUGUCGAAGGGCCGAGAGCCCACCUCUGCUCACUCCAGCUGCAGGGACAGAAGGUGCCAGCGCCUCCUGGGAGGGGGUACAGGGACCCCCCACACCCCCAGAGGAGCACACUGGGGGAGAGGAUGGAGCCGUGGGGCACUUGGCUGCCCACCCCCGGACCGAGGAGCGUGCCACGGAGGGGCCCAGUGCCUGCCUGCCCAGAGACCAGGGGCCCCCUGACGGCUGGCCCACCCCCACAAAGAAGGCCCAGAGAGGCAAGCGGCCUGGACCCCAGCAGGAGAACCCACAGAGCCAGGCUCAGAAGAAGGCACGGCCCUCAGCCGAGGCCUCCAUCCUAGCUGAUGCCAGGGGCAGUGUCUCAGCCAGCGAUCACGGCACCUUGAACCCCAUGGCCCCAGGCUCCUGCCAGCUCUCGGCUCCUGGCAUCUCCCUGAAGGAGGCCGCAAAUGUUGUGGUCAAGUGCCUGACCCCUUUCUACAAGGAGGGCAAGUUCGCAUCCAAGGAGCUGUUCAAGGCCUUCGCCCGCCACCUCUCUCACUCGCUGACUCAGGACCCCUCUCGGGGCAGGAGCGUGAAGGAAGAGGCUCGCGAGGUCAUUAAGCAGCUGUUCCACGGCCGAACCCGGUGCGAGAGUGAAGCUGACUGGCACGGCCUGUGUGGCCCACGGAGAUGACCGCCCGCUGCCUGACGGGACCAGCCUCGUCCCCAGACCCCACCACAGGCCAGCCUGGGCCUCGCUGGGGAACCGGGAAGGUGGGCGGCCUGCUGCCACCAGGAGGCCAUGCUCUGGUCUCGCUGUCCCCCUCCACCCACGCCUGGCUUGGGCAAUGGGCCCAGCCACCUCCCUGAUCGAAGUUGGGGCUCCGAGGUCAGCCCAGCUUUCAUUUUGCUUGCAAAGCCUGAGGCCCUUUUUCUCCUAGCCUCUCCUGGCCCUUCUGGCCGGAUUUUCUGAACCGCAUUAGCAAGUGUCAGGAAGUGUGGCUGCUGCCAGAGGAACGGAGGGACAGAGGUUCUUCCACCUCUUGUACUGAACACAUUUGAAGCCGGGGGUGAGGUGCACCGGUCCGAGGCCUCAGGGGCUACCCAGGAAGCGCCGCUGCUGCCUCCUGUCCCCCGCCACCGCCCGCCCUCGUGAUACCAGCCUCCAGCCCCGCCCAGGUACCCAGCUCAUGGGAAGAGGGCGGCAGCCAGGCCCUGCUCCCGCUCAGCCCCGGGGCAGGAGGCCGGCGGGACCGAGCUGUUUACCAGAGGAAUAAAGUGCGGUUUGUUCUGACACACACGCACACACACACA